GAUUAAGUUGUUAGUAGAUAUUGAAGCUACAAUGGUGCCCCUCUCACCUGAUCCGAUCGUCUCCAUAAGUUCCGAUCUGAACUGGAAACAACAAUUAGCAAUUGCUUUGUUAUACUUCUUAUUAAUCGGUGUGUUUCUCACUCUUAUGUUCUUGAUUGUUUAUUUUGGAACCGUAUCUCAUGCUCCUUCUCCACCGACUCUUUCUCCUUCUCCUUCUCCUUCCGCUUCAAAUCCGCAUAGACGACUUCAAGUUUCUGAUGAAUUGGUGGAAUCUCAAGGUUUUUUCGUAAUGGCUGAUUCUUGCUCAAAUAACAUUCAUUCCUCUCUUAUCCAUCAAUUUCUCGCUAAGAAGAUGAAUUUGCCAGCAAUACCAGCAUAUCUGCAGCAGAAUGGCACAAAUGAGGUCAUACUGAAGGUGCUAAACUAUGGAUUAGACCAGGCUGUGUUUUACCUUUCUUUGGGUAAACACGACUUAGAUGACAAUGAAAACGCUCAGCUUCUUCCAAGGGUGUUGGUCGACAAGAUGACGACCGCCUUGCGAAAUCUCCAUGAUGAUGGGGUUAGAAAGGUGGUUGUUAUGGGAGCUUACCCUCUUGAUUGUACUGAAUGCGUUAGUCAUGAUAAUCAGCUUAUUUCACAGUAUAAUCAUCUCUUACAUGAUCGGAUAGAUGACCUUAACUUAGAGCUAACUCAUGCUCACUUUGUAUUCUGUGAUAUCUUUCAAGGCCUCAUCAAGAUCAAGUCUAACCCACAAAAAUAUGGAUUUCAAAAGAUGAAAGAAGCAGAACAAAGGUGCAAAAAGAUGGAGAAUGUUUGCAACCAAACAGGUCAUAUGUCAUCCUUUGAGGACUUGUACAAUUCUACUGGUGUUGUCAAUUCUCUACUGGCUGACUCGGCCUGGUCCGGCCAACCAUUGGGAGACAUCUGUCAUCCUUUGAGCAUCCAAGAACUGGCCAUGCUUUAGCUUAAUGAUGAAGAUUAAGUGCCUAUAAUCAGCUUUAGAAUUUUAAUGGAUUUUGGUAUUUUGGUCUAGUAAUAAUCUAGUUUUGUUAUAGGAGAUUACAAACUUACUUUUCGUGUAGUUUUUAGCUUAAUCAGAUAUUAGAAGUAGCAUCAUAGCU